AUGCAUAUGGGCGGUAAGUUCUAUUGUUCAAUCUGUACAAGGCGUACCAAAGGGUUUAAAACUCGUUCAGGGUUACAACGACAUGAGACACUAAAACAUAUAUCUUACAAUAAACUUCCAUCACAUAUUCAACAAAUUUCUAAUUCAGAACUCUCCUAUUUAAAAAGCGCUAUAAUUAAGAAGCUACAAAAGCGACUUAGGAACAAUUAUACUGCAGUUGGAGAACAAACCUUUUCAUUACAUUGUAGUGAAAAUGCUUUUGUUGGUGUUUUCAAAGAUCAUAUAACACGUUAUUCUCCAUGUGAAUCUUUUUAUUUUUGUAGUUUCAAGGGGGAAAAUGCAUUUGAUGAAAUUGGGCAAAUAUUAGAUGAUGAGAAGUGGGGAGAACGUAAUUAUGGAAAGGGGCAAUUGAGUUUUGUUCGUUUGUAUGUACCUGAGAAUGGAGAUGAUAAUCACAAACAAAAAACUAAAAUGAAAUUAUCAGCUAAUGGGGAAAUGACUGUAAAAUGGCAAAUGACGGGUGGUAAAGACAAAGAAAAUCAUAAGUUUGAGGCGGGAUCCGUCCAAUUUCGUUUUUUUUGGAUCAAUGUCAAAUAUAGAUUUUUUUUAUAG